AUGCAGAAUCUCACGACUCCACUAUACUGCUACAACCCACAAACACAGCAGUGCUUUCAGUUCCUACUCGAAACGCCUGCACUUGGAUACUUUGACACCUUUGUGUCCUUGAUCGCAGCUGCCUGGACAGCGAGUACUGGCAUACUUGCUACCUACUACCUCAACUACGGACCAGAGUCGUGGCAGGACCUCGUCCCCGGCGAAGAUUGGCUUAAAAGUUUUCCCGACCCUCAAGUCCUUUACGACAGGAUCGUUUCCAGCUUACCGGAUUUCAAUUCUUGGAACGACGUACUCGCGGCGUUUUCCAUUGUCGCGACUUUCGCCAACACACUAGUCUCGUUAGCACCUUACAUUCGACGUCGGAUCAAAAUCCCAGGUAUGGCUGGACUUCUUGGCGGUGGAGGCGGCGGAGGACCGCUUGAUGGCGUGACGGGCGCAGCCGGAGGAGUUGCUGGAGGGCUGGGUGGAGAUGGGGGUCCUCUGGUACGUUCUUUUGUGACAAGGACCAUCUCCAAUGCAUCGAAGAUGUUAAGACCGCGAGUGCUGGCAGCCUUCAAGCCCUCGUGUUGCCCCGUGGUUUUCAAGACACUAGCUGAUCUUCUACUAUUUGACAGGGAGCCGUAGGAGGUCUGACUGAUACUGUCGGCGGCCUCGGCGGCGGUUUGCUCGGUGGAGGUCAAGGGCUCAACUUGGUUGGGCUGGUCAGUCAACAAUCGAUCUGUUCCCUCGAUUUGACUCGCACUGAUUUUGAGUCUUUCUUAGGUCGGAGUUGGAAGCGAUGAUCCCGCUCUUUUAGAUUUAAACCCAGCUGAUAAGAAGACCGUGAAAGCUGCACGAGCGCAAGAGGCAGCGAAAAGAAAGCAACAGCGAGAGCAACAGUACGUUUCAAGAUCUUCGAAUCCUACGAGACUUGACUAAAGAUGGGAACAGGCUAAAGCAAAUACAAGAAGCUGUCAAGAACCAAGGAGGCAAUCCAACCGUGGAACAAGAACUAGCUCACAAGAAGCUUCAGGACGACCAGAAGGCAGACGAAACUGAAGAGGGAAAGGUCAAUAAGAUUCUGGACUCGGAUACUCCCCCAAAGCCUCAAGCUGGCCCUGGCGGUCUUACGAAUGGCUUGACUAAUGGUGUUGCCGGAGGCAGUGGACCUUUGGGAAAUGCCACGAGCCUGGCUUCAGGGGCUACUGGUGGCCUCGGCGGCCUUACGGACACUGCCGGUGGACUUGCAGGCCAGAAUGGGCCUGCCGGCGGAGCUCUUGGAAACGCUACCAAUACUGCAGGUGGGCUCACCGGACAGAACGGCCCGGCUGGAGCAUUAGGAGGUGCGACCGGAGCCUUGGGAGGCGACCCAUUAGGAGGUUUGACCGGGGGCCUCGGUGGGUUAGGAGGAGGACUCCUUGGUGGCGGCGAAGGCCUGAAUGUCGCAGGUCUGGUGGGCCUUGGUUUGUCUGAACCGUAAACGCUGUAACCUGCAAUGGGACUGACCAUCGCGACAGGAUCUGACGACCCGGCGCUGGUGGAUCUCAACCCAGCCGAGAAGAAGGAAGCCAAAUUGAAGAAGAUGCAACAGCUGCAGCAAGAGAAAGCCCGCACUGCCCAACAGAAGAAGGCUCUGCAGGAUGCUGUCCGGGCACAAGGCGGUCAGGCCACCCCCGAGCAGCAGAGAGCAUGGCAGGAGUGGGAGCAAAAAGACGUGGCCAUUGCCCAAUCUGCCCAUAAGCUACAGAACAGCAUCGCGCAAGACGACCGUGAUAUUGCAAAUGGAGUCACCGGAAGUCGAGGCGGCUAUGGCGGUGGUUCGACCACAGGCGCUGGUAAUCAAGCCGCUGGUGGAAUGGCCAUGGGCGGCAGUGGCGCAAGCAAAGGCGGCUGUCUAUGCCUCGCCCCUCCUGCUCAAGGAACACUGCCGGCUCCAAGCUUGAUGUACGCCUACCUGGCUCCUGCUUAUCCGGCUGCUGGUCAAUACCCGUACGUGUUGACGUUCGCCAACGCGCAAGUGGCCCAGCAAUGGUACCAGGGCGUCAGCGCUUCUGGUGUGCAGCAGAUCACCCCACAAUGGUACACCUACCACUAUACAGCACCGUACCCAAUCUCGCAGGACCAGCGCUUCCAGAACUCGCCUCUCGGUGGCCAGAUGAUGGCUACGAAGAUCAACCCCGACUACGGUAGCCCCUUGUUGCCACCACAGACCGCCGACGGCUACCUGGUUCCAUCGCGAGCGUCGCACACGUAUGUCGCCAACGCUACUUGCAAACCACAGCAGGGCGGUUCUCAACCUGUUGACUCGUAUAACCCGGGCGGCAUUCCUGGCAAUCAACCACAACCCCCUAAUCCAAAUAUGGCCGGAGGACGAGACCACUUCUUUCCGGACAAAGGAGGCGACACCAACAGGCUGCCAGGCUACCCAUCAGUUCCAGGACAGCAAGGCUUCAACCCCGGAAACAGUGGUGGUUUCCCAGGCAAUACCGGCUACCCAGGUAACACAGCUGGAGGCUCCUACCCAUCGGGCCAGCAGCCCUUCAAUCCCCAUCAAGGCCAGCAAGGCGUCUUCAACCCGGGCGCAAGUGGGACUAUGUACCCAGGAACUGGAGGCUCGGAUGUUCCUGGACAGCCGGGUGGUUCCUACCCAGCAACUUCAGGCUCAUAUAUUCCUGGUCAGCCAGGUGGUUACAACCCGGGGAGUGGAGGCUCAUAUAUCCCGGGACAGCCAGGUAGUUACAACCCGGGGAGUGGAGGCUCAUACACCCCGGGACAGCCAGGUGGUUCCUAUCCGGGAACUGCAGGCUCAUACAACCCGGGACAGCAAGUUGGCCCUUACCCAGGCACAAGUGGCUCGUACAAUCCUCAACCAACGAAUCAGUCUCGAUACACUCUGGAACAAGCCGCGAGAGAUCGCGCGAAUGCUCUCAAAGGGCAAGGGGACCCUCGACCAGUCGAUCAGAUCUAUAGGGAUUCUCUCAGUGAUCUGAAGGGCUCCUGCUGUGGACCGUCGGGACCUUUCCCUGAUUAUCAACAUACUGGGCAGCAAGCACAGAACCAGCAGCAGUUUGGAGGUCAACAGGUGGGUGGCCAGCAGCUUGGGAGCCAACAGCUCCCGGGCCAGUUGUCUGGAGGUCAACAACUUCCAGGCCAGCUACCUGGAGGUGCUGGGCAGCAACUGCCUGGAGGACUCGGUCAGCAAGGACAGCAGGGCGGACAGCAACCCGGCGGGCUUGGGGGCGCGUUGGGCGGGCUUCCAGCCGUAGGAGGCCUCACUGGCGGACUCACCAGCGGCCUGCUCGGAGGCGGCCAAGGCCUGAACGUAGCUGGCAUCGCCGGCGUCGGCAGCGACCAAGGUAUUACAAUGCCAUAACCCACCCUCCACAUCGUCGACAAGCUAACACAUCACUCCCAGACGCUCUCCUCGACAUCUCCCCAGCCGAGAAGCAGAAGGCCAAGCAAGCAAAGGCACAAGAGCUCGCCCAACAGAAGGCGCAAGUGCAGCAGAAAAUCCAGCAGCUGCAGCAACAGCAUCGACAGCAGGGCGGCCAGCUCACGCCUCAGCAACAGGCGGAGUACAACCAGGCUAUGCAGAUGAUGACCUCCAUUGACCAGAAGCAGCAGGCGCAGGCCGCGGGUCUUGACCCGGGGCUCACGUCGGGCUUGACGCAGGGCUUGCCGAUGGGCAAUAAUGCUCUCGGCGGGCUGCCCGGUGGCAAUGCUCUUGGAGGCCUAGGCGAUGCCGCGGGCGGUCUCCCCGGUGGUAGUGCCGUCGGAGGUCUGGCCGGCGGCGGUUUGGGCAACGCCGCUGGUGGUCUCCCCGCCGUGGGUGGUCUGACUGGAGGUUUGGGUUUGUAG